UCGGUAUUCACAGCUCAGCCCGUCGUGGAAACACAGCUGACCGCCGAACCACAAGCCCUGUAAGCCGACACCUGCCUGCCCCCCCAGAUGCGCCUGUUGGAAGUCCUCCGGCACGCCUCGGCGGACAUGAGGAGCAAACAGCAGCGGGGCGCAAAGCCGCCGCUCCCGGACAUGUCCAGCUUCGAGGUCUCCCUGCAGCAGCUCAACGACCUGCUGACGGACGACAGCGGCUUCUACAGCUGGCCCACCAGACACUUCCACGAGGUUCACCCGCGGAUCUACAUCGGCAACGCAUUUGUGGCGACUAACGUGAUGCGCCUCAAGCGCCUGGGCGUCAGUCACAUCCUGAACGCAGCGGAGGGAAACUCCUUCAUGCACGUCAACACCAACGCCGAGUUCUACGCGGGCUCAGGCAUCACCUACCACGGCAUCCCGGCCAACGACACCGACCACUUCGACAUCAGCGUCUACUUCGAAGAGGCGGCGGACUUCAUCAAGAAGGCCCUGGCAUACAAAAGUGGAAAAGGCAAAGUGUACGUGCAUUGCAGGGAAGGCUACAGCCGCUCGCCCACCCUGGUCGUCGCUUACCUCAUGCUUCACCAAAAGAUGGACGUCCACACCGCUGUGGCCAUGGUGCGGCAGAGACGAGAGAUCGGACCCAACGACGGCUUCCUGCGGCAGCUCUGCCGGCUGAACCAGAGGUUGGCCGCCGAGGGGAAACUCUGGAACAAAUGAGAGACGCGAGUAAACAGAAACGUGUCGUAGGAAAAUGAAGUAUGCUCAGCUGUACUUUGUUUGCUUUCCGCUUGUUUGAAGCUUGAAAAGCCCACAGGCUGGUGAGAACAAGCUCAGGACAAAGUGAAAGGUUUUGACCGAGGGCGAUAACAGGAAGUGAUGUAUCUACAGUAGAUUAACACCCCCCCUCCCACACACACACACACACACACACACACACACACACACACACACACACACACACACACACACACACACACACACACACACACACACACGCUGCCCUGUGUUGUGUCUUAGUUAUACUGAAAGGAACAUACCUCUGGGUCAUACACUGACCCAAUUCAGAUCAGGUGAAAAAAAAACAAACAAAAAAAAAAAAUCUAAAAUUUUUUAUUGUCGUGUGAAUUUAAAGAUAUUCUUCCAGGCUUUCUACUUAACUUCAGCUAAAUUGGAAAAUUCACUUAUUCAUUUACAAAGAGUUCUAAUGGCGACAAAAACUAAAAUAACGUCUUCAGGAAAGUGUACUGUCAAUAACUCAAAGUUAGUUCAGGUGAGUUUGCAUGAAAUGACCCUUUUUCAUAAACAUUACUUAUAACUUGUUUAGCGUAGAACGGGUUAAUUAUUGUUAGAUAUUUUCUGAAUAUUAGAUUUAUCAAAGUUCAGUAGUUAUUUAUCAUGUUCCGUAUGGUUUGCUGCGUUUUCUUGAUCAGUUUAGUUAAUAGGAAUAUAAUAUUAUAAGAAAUAGUGAAACUUUAGAUAGUGUUACUGUCACAUCCAGCCUAAUUUGUCCUCCACCCUUCUAUCCAUGGGCCCCUCAUAUCGGCCCCUGUCCUGCUAACACUGCCUCCUGUCUCAGUCACAGCCCCUCCCACUGUGAUUUUUAAUGUGGAAACUACAGGGUUUUAUUACAGUAUUUUUGCCUAAUGUCUCUCCUGGACUUUUUGAACUGUAUUGUACUCACGUUUAGAAAUCUGCCUCAGACGUAUUUUUGAGUUAUUUCUUGUGGUUUAUCACAGAAAACGAAACAGAAUUUAAAUUGAUGCAGAGAAUGUAAAACGAACAGAGUUGUCUUGAGAUGUGGAGUUAGACGAACUUUGAAAUUGGCCCGGUAACGAUGAGAAAAGCCAUUUUAGGCUCAGCUGUGUCCAUGGACAAAAAUACAAUAUUGAAUUAGUAUAAAAUUGUCAUGCAUAAGGAAACGUGUAUGGGGAGAGUUGGAGCAUUCUGAUUUGGUCUGGCUACAAAACAAAAAAAGUCCUUCAGUUCUUUGCUCAUGAACUCAAGUGAUUUUAAUAAAAUACAAAUUAAUUUGAUUAUUAGAAUAGUAAAAUAAAAAUAUAGAAUAUCGGUCCGCAAAAGACACACGAAGAAUUUUAAAAAAUGAUUUUAAGCCAUUUGUAUUCAUAGAAUCGAGUAGUAGACGAUGCCUUUUAGCUUAGCAUAAAUGCAGCGAUUUGUAGUUUUCCGACAAACCUGAAACCAGUGAAGUGAUUAAUGUUGUAAAUAUCGCUCUCCAAAACAGCAAAAUUAUCCUAAUUGUGUAAUUAGGGUUAUUAAUAGCUAAAUAAUUUGAAUAAAGAAAUGACUUUUAGCUUAGCAUAAGCGCUGUUGUUUUGGGGCAGUUAGCCUAAAGCUAGCUUUAUGUUUGGCGUAAAGAGAUGAGAACUGUAGCAACUUCUUCCUCUAGCUCUAAAGUGUCUGUAAAUAUGAAAGUACUGUGUAUGAAAUUAGUUGUUAAUUAAACUGUUGUAGCUUAGCUCAAACAUUAGCAUCUGUUUUAAGCUGGCUAACCUAAGGGAAGCUUUGUUUUCUGUGUGUAGACAUAAGGGAGGUCGCUUUAAUAUUUCUAACAAUAUAAACAUAGUUAACUGUUGACUAAUUUGCCAAGACUAAGUAAAAAGAAAACCGUUAACAAAAUAAGGUUUCUUUCACAUACAGCAGUGCAACUCUGCUUCGAAUGUAACUUAACUGCUGCCAGGAUGUCAGGAAGUCCAACUGCAAGUUUUGAACUUUUUGGUCAACAUCUUUUGCACAGUGGAGUGUGGACAUAUUUGUACUUUUGGCAUUUUCAAUGCAAUUUUAUAUCGUUGAGUUGCAUGCUCUGUGAUGUUUGUCAGCCCAAGUGUUGCUUACAGUCCUUAAUGGAUACGCUGUGUCUCUGUGUGUUAAUGUGCAUUACUCAGUGUGCAUUAUUUGUCACAGUGUGUUCUGUUGUGCCUAUAUCUUGUGAUUCACGGUGUACUUCACUGACGGUGCAGCCCAAUUGGUCAAAUCAGAAGACUUACAAUUUUGACUCAGCUUUGAUGAAGUGCACUUUAUCUAAUGACUCUUGGGAUUGUAAUUGCUCUCUUUUCAUACAUGAAAUAAAAAAAUGUAAAAAUAA